CAACCAAAGCUUCCGUAGUUUGAGUCACAUGAAUGGUUUGUUGUGGUCGUGACUGAAAUGCACUUUUAAUAUCAUGUAGCUAGCUUACACACUUCUAUAUUUAUAACGUUACAUUUGUCCGCUUUGGUGAAAUUAUCCGGUCAACAACACGAAGCGUUACACCUCAAAAUAUUCUCACCAAGGCGAUAAAUAGGACGAUAUUUCCACCAAGCGGAAGCGUUUCGGGUUUCUCUGUUUACGCUAAUGACUGGGAAAAUAAAAUGCACGCGCCUGUAACGUUAGCUUGUUUGUUAUGCUAACGUACACGUUAAGCGAUGUUUUUGGCUCAUAUUUAGAGACACAUGUAAAGUGGCUUCAUUCUGGUCCUUCAGAUAACGUUAAUCGCUAAUAAACGAAGUCAUGCUUCGGUGGAUUCUUGGUGGUCGAGACUCUCAGGGUUCAGUGGAGAAAAGCCCCGUGUUGUGCAUUGGAGAGGAACAGCCCAAAAACUGCUUCACUGAGCUGCAGGUGCUGAAAGGACAUUUUGACAUUGUUCGAUUUCUGGUGCAGAUUGAUGACUUCAGAUGCGCCUCAGCAGGGGAUGAUGGCCUUGUUUUGGUGUGGAAUGUUGAGACCGGGGAGAGGCUGCAGGAGCUGAGGGGCCAUUCCCAGCAAAUAACAGCCAUAACCACCUUUACCUGUAAUAAUGGACUCACAUCGCACACCUCGCUCAUCACUGCCUCCUCAGACCGCAGUCUCAGUUUGUGGGACCCUGAUACAGGCAACAGGGUUCAGACCAUUUCAGAUCUUCAGUCUUCUGUAAAGUGUUUGCUGGUGCUGGAGCGGCUGUGUGUGUGGGUCUCCGGCGGGGAAGAACUGUGUGUGUGGAACAAAGACUUUCAGCUGCAGUGUCACAGACAGAACCACAGCGACACUGGAAUAACUGCUUUAAUAGAGCUGCCCAAGAACUGCAUAGCAGCUGCUAUGGAUAAAGAGAUAGUGAUCUACAGGCUGACAGUCUCUACUAAUUCCUCUCUGUCAAUGGCUGAGGUCCGCUGUCUGUCCGACCACCAGGACCAGAUUCGGGCUCUUAUCAACGUCAAUGACGGGCUCUUUGCCAGCGGUUCACAUGCGGGAGAGUUGAUCUUAUGGGAUGCGAUCGAUUGGAACAUCCUGGCCUAUGAGCACAUCCUGUGGGAGGAGUCACAAGCCUGCACUCAGGCUGAGAUACGACUGGCCGCUCCCAAACCCAGUGAGAUGUCCAUUCAGCAUCUGACCACCAAUGGAAAGCACAUCCUUGCAGCUGUGGGCAGCGGUCUGUACGUGUACAGCGUUCUGACCAAGACAGUGGUGGCCUACAGGAAGGUUGCCCAUGACUCUAAUGUCUUACACACCAUGAUGUUAUCUGACAACGAGAUGAUGUCUUGCUCUGAAGAUGGCAGUGUGAGGAUGUGGGAGAUCCAAGACCUGCCUUUACCUGCUGAACCAGCCUCUGCAGGGUUCUUUGGAAUGUGGACUUUUGGCCGGUCAAACAAACAGACUGGUCCUCCGUCAAAGAAGGUCAUAGACGUCCCAAACAUCAGGACACUUGAGUUGACGGGUGAUCUGAUUGGACACUCAGGGGCAGUCCAGAUGUUUGUGAGCUUUAGGGAGAACGGUUUGGUCACAUGCUCGGCAGACCACCUGCUGAUUCUGUGGAAGAACGGAGAAAGGCAGUCCCACCUUCGAAGCCUGGCACUUUUCCAAAAACUGGAGGAGAAUGGAGGACUCUGACUUUUAACCCCUGAAUCGCUGCCUUAAAAAAGGAAAGAUGUGACGUAGGUUGAUGUCGUUGCUUAGAAAUCAUUUGAAUUUACUGUAAUGAUUUUGCAUUUAAUGAUAAUGUUGUUGUUUGCCUUUUGACUGAAAACCAGUAUUUAACUUUCAUUUUAAAAACAAUCAGUAAAUACCUCAUCUCCGAAACAAACAAUUUGCAAUAUUUUUAUUUCCAGCCUGGAGUGUUUUAGUGCUGUGAUGCUGAUGUGAAGUCAGACAUCUUGUAUGGGACAUUCCCUGUUAUGGGUCUUAUGCUGGAAGCCUGUCAGGGAUUAGCAGGUACUUUGUUGUCUAAGCACCUGCCUCAGUCCUCAUUUCGGUGCCGCUUCAUAUUUGGUGUAUAAGCCUGUUUCACAGUUCUCUUUGUAGAGAUUUGGAUGUUUGUUCUUUUUUCACCACCCAGUCUGCAAAAACCCUGUUGUGAUCAUUCUGCAGAUUUGCUCUUCAUAACAUCUGCCCAAUCAGACUCUGAUCACCAUUUGCAUUGGUGUACUAAUUUAAAGGAGUAGUUAAACUUUUAUGCUUAUUUGCAUUCUUGGCGAGAGCUAGAUGAGAAGAGCUAUACCACUCUCAUAUCUGUCUGCUGAAUAUGAAGCUACAGCCAGCAGCCUGGUAGCUUAACUUUGCACAAAGACUGAAAACAGCUAGCCUGGCUCGGGCCGAAGGUAAAUACAAUCUGCCUACCAGCACCUCUAAAGUUUACUAAUUAAAUAUGUUACGACCUGCACAUACCCCCUGUAAAACCCCAACUUAGCUGAGUAGUUGUUAUGCUUCGGUUUUUGUUCACAUUAAACAUUAAUUAGUGAGCUUUACAGGUGCUGGUAGGCAGCUUGUUUUACCUUCGGAUAGAGUCGGUUAGAGCCGCUGUUUCCCCCAGCUUCCACUCUUUAAAUAAUGCUAACUCCUCUCCUGGCUGUAGCCUUAUAUUUACUGGACAGAUAUGAGAGUGGUAUCAAUCUUCUGAUGUAACUCCAGCGACCAAGUGUAUUUCCCAAAAUAUCAAACUAUUCCUAUAAAUGUAUUGCUGCCAUUCAUGUAACAACUUCAUAUUUAAAGAAUGCUUUAAUUGUCUCUCACAAUACAUUUCUGUGUUUGACAGAGAACAUCAAAAUAAGACAUCAUAAUCCAGAGAGCAAACUAAAUUAAAGUGUUCAAACAAACAUUUUAA